AUGGGACAACCAACCUCCGCUGCUAUUACCCCUCUUAGAAUCUCCGCCAUGGCGCAAACAAGGAAGAACAGCUCCCUCCCCGCCGGCUAUGUCGAGGACAAGUCCAAAGGCCCCAUGCUCCGCUUCCAGGAGUCUCUCCCCCGUCUUCCCGUCCCUACCCUCGAGGAGACGGCUGCCCGCUACUACCAGUCUUUGAAGCCCCUUCUCAGUCCCCAGGAGCUCGAGAACAGUAAGAAGGCCAUUGACGCCUUCAUUGCCCCCAAUGGCCCUGGUCGCAAGCUCCAGGAGAAGCUCGUAGCCCGUCGCGAAGACCCCAAGCACAAGAACUGGCUCUACGAGUGGUGGAAUGAUGCGGCCUACCUCUCCUACCGCGACCCCGUUGUCCCCUACGUCAGCUACUUCUACUCUCACCGCGAUGACCGCCGCCGCCGCGACCCUGCCAAGCGCGCUGCUGCCAUCACCACUGCUGCUCUCGAGUUUAAGAAGAUGGUCGACCAGGGCACUCUCGAGCCCGAGUACAUGAAGAAGCUCCCCAUCUGCAUGGACUCCUACAAGUGGAUGUUCAACGCCAGCCGCGUUGCUGCCAAGCCCGCCGAUUACCCCGUCAAGUUCAGCGCCGACGAGCACAAGUACAUCCUCGCCAUCCGCAAGAACCAGUUCUACAAGAUCUACCAUGAGGUUGGUGGCAAGCAGCUCAACACCGCUGAGCUCGAGCAGGCCUUCAAGCGCGUCUACGAGCUCGCCGCCUCGCGCGCCCCCGCUGUCGGUGCUCUCACCUCCGAAAACCGCGACGUCUGGACCGACGCCCGCGCUACUCUCCUCUCCGCCGACCCCAAGAACGCCAAGGCUCUCGAGGCCAUUGAGGCUUCUUCCUUCGUCGUCUGCCUUGACGAUGCCGCCCCCGUCACCCUCGAGGAGCGCGCCCACCAGUACUGGCACGGUGACGGCCAGAACCGCUGGUACGACAAGCCUCUCCAGUUCAUCGUCAACGACAACGGCACCUCGGGUUUCAUGGGCGAGCACAGCAUGAUGGACGGCACGCCCACUCACCGCCUCAACGACUUCGUCAACGACGUCAUCUUCAACAACAAGCUCGACUUCUCUGACCCUUCGGUGCGCUCCAACCUGCCCGAGCCCGAAGCCGUCAAGUUCAACGUCACCAAAGAGGUCCAGGCCGAGAUCGACCGGGCCAUUACUGACUUCAACAACGUCAUCGGCCAGCACCAGCUCGCGGUGCAGGCCUUCCAGGGCUACGGCAAGGGCUUGAUCAAGAAGUUCAAGUGCUCCCCCGACGCCUACGUGCAGAUGAUCAUCCAGCUGGCCUACUACAAGAUGUACGGCAAGAACCGUCCGACCUACGAGUCGGCCGCCACCCGCCGCUUCCAGCAGGGUCGCACCGAGACGUGCCGCUCCGUCAGCGAGGCCAGCGUGGCCUUUUGCAAGGCCGCCAACGACGCGAGCGUCGACGACAAGACCAAGGUCGAGCUCUUCCGCAAGGCCAUUGACUCCCACCUCGAGUACAUCUCGGCCGCCUCGGACGGCAAGGGCGUCGACCGCCACCUGUUUGGCCUCAAGCGCCUGCUCGAGCCCAAUCAGGAGGUUCCCGCUCUGUACCAGGACCCCGCCUACGGCUACUCGAGUUCGUGGUAUUUGUCUACUUCUCAGCUGAGCUCCGAGUUCUUCAACGGAUACGGAUGGAGCCAGGUUAUCGACCAGGGAUUCGGUAUUGCUUAUAUGAUCAACGAGAACAGCCUCAACUUCAACAUCGUCUCCAAGGGCCUCGGCUCCGACAGGAUGAGCUACUACCUCAACGAGGCCGCCAACGACCUCCGCGAUCUCCUUAUCCCCACUCUGGAGGCUCCCAAGUCCAAGCUCUAAGCUAUAAGCUGUAGGCUUUGGGCUAGGGCAUGGGAAGUUGAGAAACGUGAAAAGAAGAGGAAGGAAAGGAAAUGAAAGGCAUGACAUGAGUUUUGGAUAAGGAAAAAGAUACAUAGAAUCCGGAAGGCGGAUACAAGGGAAGAAGAAGCAGAAGAACAAGGAAGAACAGUAGCAUGCAUGUUGUACCAGUCCAUUUUAGCUAUAUAUCAUGAUGUCUCUUUUUUUUUUUUGU